AUGGCGUACUACGGCACCACACCGCUCUUCGCACCCGGGCCCAACCCUCGCGCGCCCGCACUGCCGUGGCGCUCGGACGACUUUUACGCCGUCGACGAUCGCGUGCGCGGCGGCACGAGCCACUCGCACAUGGGCAUCUACCCGCCCAACAGCCGUGGCGAGAUCAUUUUCUCCGGCUUCCUCGACACCACAACCCUCGGUGGCGCUGGAUUCGCCUCCCAGGCCUCCUCCAAACGCUUCCCCGUCCCGCUUGCCAAGGAGCGCUUCCAGGGCCUGCGCAUCGUCGUGCGCAAGCAGCCCAGCUGGACCGAGCCCUCCCAUCCACCCUCGGACGGAUCGAUUCCAGGCGGCGGCAAGGCGCCCGUGACGUCGUUCGUGCUCGAAAUCAAGACGCAGGAACCACCCAAGCGCCCGGAUGGCAGGAGGGAGAGCGUCGUCGUGUGGGAGUGGAGCUUUGCCAUCCCGCAGCAAGACGGCGUGCAAGAUGACAGGCUCAAUGCGCAGCUCACCAACGACGACUUUUGGGUCUUCGACUCGACUUGGGACGAUUUCAAGCCCAUGUACCGCGGUAGGCCUGUGGAUCCGGAUACCGCGGGCGAGUUCAAACCCGAGGAGACGUACGAGUGGAGCCUCAUGGCACGCAGCAACUUCCAGGCGCAGAGCGGACCCUUCACACUCCAGCUGCACAGCCUGAGUGCGCUUCCGGUUCCGGAUGAGCUGGGCGCUUCCAACGCGCGAGCAGUGGAUGUGCACGAGCAGACCGGCCCGGCAGACGCGGCGUGGGCCGACGAAAAAGGCUUGCCCGCGGAUUCCUUUCGAGCUGUUGGCCCGGCAGAGGGCGCAUCUGUAGCACGCACAACACCGUCGUCCGGAGAGUACUAUGGCUUUGCGCUCUUCAUCUUUGCCACGGUGCUGUGGAUCGGAUGGGUGCUGUGGGCGCUCCUGCCGGACAGCGUGCUGCUCGCGAUGGGCAUCACUUGGUACCCGAACCGCGAGUGGGCAUUCCUGCUGCCCGCAUGGUCGCUGUUCGCCGUACUCGCCGUCUAUGCCGUGUUUAUCGCCACCAAUCUGCGCAACACGCCCGAGCUGGAUGACAUUGCCAACGUCACAGAUUCACAUCAAAACGUGCUGCAUGUCGAUAUGAGCCCCAGUGCGCACACUCAUCUGUUCGAGGACCAGGAGAAGUUGCGCCAGUCCAUGCACGACAUCUACGACCUUCCACCCACCUAUGUCUCGCGCCAAACUCAUCUUUAG